UGGAAACGCGACGGGACUGACGUCUCACUGAGGAAAAACCUCGGCCAAACGGCGCCCCGGGGUGGGGGGGGACACUGCCCUCCGGCUACUCACCCACUCCCCACUGUGGGAUCUUCCCGUGCUCUCUGCUGACUACCCAUUCCUCACUGUGGGAUCUUUCUGUGCUCUCCGUUACCCACUCCCCACUGUGGGAUCUUCCCGUGCUCUCUGCUGACUACCCAUUCCUCACUGUGGGAUCUUCCUGUGCUCUCCGUUACCCACUCCCCACUGUGGGAUCUUCCCGUGCUCUCUGCUGACUACCCAUUCCUCACUGUGGGAUCUUCCUGUGCUCUCCGUUACCCACUCCCCAGUGUGGGAUCUUCCCGUGCUCUCUGCUGACUACCCAUUCCUCUCUGUGGGAUCUUCCUGUGCUCUCCGUUACCCACUCCCCACUGUGGGAUCUUCCCGUGCUCUCUGCUGACUACCCAUUCCUCACUGUGGGAUCUUCCUGUGCUCUCUGCUGACUACCCAUUCCUCACUGUGGGAUCUUCCUGUGCUCUCCAUUACCCACUCCUCACUGUGGGAUCUUCCCAAGCUCUCUGCUACCCACCCCACUGUGGAAUCUUCCUGUGCUCUCUGCUGACAGCCCUCCCCCCCCCACACCCCGUGCUCCUCCCUUCCCAUCCCAUCCCGGCAACCGUGCGAUCCACCAUGACGCUGUCACAGGGCUGCCUGGAGCGGUUAGGUUCGACCCAGGAUCUGGAGGUGGAUGAAGCCCUCCUGCAUCUCUGCGCCCAGCGGGGCAGGCGGCGGCAGAUGGAGAGGCUGCUGGCCCAAGGUUGUCCACCGGACGUGAGGAACAGCGCCGGCGAAUCGCCCCUCUACGUCGCUGCCACUCAGGGGCAUUCGGACCUGGUCCAUCUGCUGCUGAGUAACGGGGCUGAUCCCAACCUCCGCUGCCACCGCGGGAGCACGCCUGUCCACGCUGCCACCCUCUCCUGCCUCCCGGAUGCGUUGGCCACUCUCCUGGACACCGGGGGAGAUCUCCGGUUACACGACAGCCUGGGGCGAUCACCCGAGGACUGGGCUCGUGCCGCUGGCUCUCCGAAAAACCGCAAGGUGCUGGAGCUACUGAGCCACUAUCGGGUGCGAAUGAGUCAGCUGAUAUGGCAGAGCGAGUCGGUCAGGGGACUGAGGCUGCUACGCUCCCGCAGUUCAGCCUCUCUCCCCCGGUACCCCAGCUGCCCACGGCUGCCUCUGCCCCAUCUCAGGACAUCCCGGUCUGACGUCGGCAGUUUGGGUGGGACACACAGCUUCGGCUUUGGGAAGCUGUGCCAGUGUGGUAGUCGAGGUGUCGGGUUGUUGGGAUCGGUGCCAGUUCUGGGCGACAGGGACCUGCACCACACAGACAGUGAGCCUGAUACCAGCUACCCCAAUGGGCCCCUCACCCGCAUGUGCAACCGGAUGUGGGGGGGGCAGCGAGUGACGGUGAGGGAGUUGAAGCCUCCCCGACUCUCCCACUCCCACUCCCAAAAGGGACUGUGCACCUCCGACCUCCUCGUCACUGAACUGGAGCACUGCAGCCACCUACGUCACCCCAACCUCCUGCUGCUGAUGGCGGUAUGUCUGUCAGAGAGUUUGACCCAGGUGCGGCUGGUGUACCAGCGAGUGGGGCUGGGUUCCCUCCACACCGUCCUUCAUCAGCAGUGGGCGGCGACGGAUGGGCUGGCUGUGCGGGAGGCCAUCCCCCUCCUCUCCCAGGUAUGUGAAGCUUUGCUCUUCCUGCACUCCCGAGGAUACCUUCACCGAUCUCUCACCUCCCAUGCCGUGCAGCUGGUGGGACUGGGCCAGGCCAAGCUGGGCAACCUCGAGUAUCUGCAGGAAAGGGCUGAGGACGAACAUGGGGACGGGAGCCGGUGUGCCACGGCACCCCCCGCACCGCACCAGCUCUACAACUGGCUGCCCCCCGAGAUCAUCAGCGGCCUGGUGGGUUCCGAGCGCUCUGACCUCUACAGCUUCUGUGCCCUGACCCAGGAGGUGUUCACAGGCGUGGUUCCCUGGGCCGGGGCGGGAGGUGAGACGGUGAGGCAGAUGAUGUCCAGCGGUCGCUCCCUCUCCCUGGACCCCCGCCUCUCCCCAUCCCUCCGCUUUGCCCUGAGUCUGGGCACCUUGCCAAAGCCCCGACACCGGACCCUCACCCUCCGGGAUGUGCACCAUAUUCUGCACCGGGAACUCCAGGAAGGAAGACCCUCUCCUGAAGCUCAGAAAGGCCAGGGCGAGCGGUGGGACUGCCGGGACGCUUGGGGGAAGCUGGAAGCCCAGGAUGGAGCAGAAUGGGAACCGGUGAGAUCUUGGAGGGCGCAAAGCGAGGGAGGCCUGUCCCAUUACGAGGUGGAGCGAGACACCAGCGGCCAGACCAAGAGCCGCCCCUACGACCGGGGACUGGGAGCCGAGGGUGGAGAGCCAGGCCACCCACUGAAGGGGCGAGGAAGCACAGUGCGGGAGGAGGGAUUGCUAAAGUUCCAUUUGGAGGACACUGCCAGCCGUGGCCACCUGCAUCUGGAUCACUGGCCCAGCCCCUCCCGUCCUGCGCAGAGCCAGUGGUCUGGGAUGAGGGUGUACAGUGUGCGCUGGGGACGGGAGCUGGACCCAGACACCGACGGCAGCCUGCCCCUCCUCCCGGAUAGCGAGAGCUCUCCAUCCCCGUCAGAGACGGAGACAGCGCAUCCUGAGCAAUCCCCGCCUCCAGGAUACGCACAGCAGCCUCCCAUCAGUCAAGACUCACCUCACCCUGUACCCAUCCACCUGCGGGACAUCAGGCUCCUCAGCUGUGCGAGCAGCAUCCGCGAGUCGGCUGGUCUGCUCGGUUGUUUCAACUCAUCCCUUGAGCGUCUCGAGCAGCGGUUCCUCAGUGGGAUCCAGGCGCUGGAGCAGGUCUCCAGGCAGCACUGGGAGGACGAACAUCAUAUCCAACCCCGCACAGGAACUCAUGAGAGAACAAGCUCUGUGGAAUCUCAACCAAGUGCAGACAAUACAGAUGGUUUGUCGAGCAUUCCUGAGGAUGGGGCGCUGGUGGCAACAGGAGAUGGCGAGUCUCAGAGCAGUUCCCAGAAAGAAACCACCCAGACGACCCCUUUGGCUUUGAGCGCCUUGGCCCUGCUGGAACGCUGGAAUCUCCGCCACUGCACUGCGUCCUCACCCUCCAGUGAUCGUUGGCAGCCAGGCUUCGACCUGAUGCAGGAAAUGAUUGAUGAACUCAAGCAGCAGCCCACCACGGCCGGGACCUCAGAACGAAGCCUGAUUCAGACGGAGGGCAGGGACACACUGCCCAUCCAGGGGAAACAAGGGAGCAGAGCGGGAGCACAAAUGGACGGCCAGCAGCAAGAGAGUGGGUUGGACUCCACACCUCACUGUCACCCUGACCCACAGCCCCAGGCGCAAACACCGGAUGCUACAAGGAGGGGUUGCACCAAGACGCUCUGACAUGCGCCCAGGAGCUGUCCACCAGGGAGGCAGGAGGGCACAGUCCCAGUGAGUAGUGAUCACCCUGUUCUCCCAUUGCUGUUACUGCUGAAUAAUCUACCAAUAAAUGA